AUGGGAAUUUGCAGUUCGUGUAAAACAACGAAUGUAGCGACGGCCAAAGUGAUCCUGCAAGAUGGGAGGCUUCAAGAAUUUGCAUUUCCAGUUAAGGUUUCACAGGUUUUAGAGAAAAACCCUAGCUGCUUUUUAUCAAACAUGGAUGAUAUGCACUUCGACAGCUUCAUUUCAGCUAUUAAUGGCGAUGAAGGUCUUCUUCCUGGCCAGCUUUACUUUGCCUUGCCGGUGAGCUGGUUGAAGAGUCCGCUCAGAGGGGAGAAGAUGGCGUCUUUGGCUGUGAAGGCGAGCUUGGCAUUGAAGAGGAAGGGCGGUGGAGGCCAUGGCGACAACAAGUUUUGUGGGUCGUGUGGGGUGAAAAAAGAUGAUGUUUUAAUGUAUAAUACUACUGCCCCUAGGGUUUUGGAUCCGGCUAGUCCAAAGCUUGUAAUGGGCAGUGGAGUUGCACAUGGCGGUAGAGGUGCUGUCCGCGGUGGUGGUAGAGGAUCCACGGUGAGGCAGAGACUCCAAGGUAGCAGUAAUCGUGGCCGGGGAAGAGGUAAUUUUGCUACAAAGUUGAGCAUUAUUAUAGAGGAACAAUACGAUCAUGGCCAGACUAGAUGA